AUGGAAAGAGCAAUUCAUACCAACCUGAAUCCAAACUCACCCAAUAAUGUAUCUUUUUCCUCUCCUCAUCAUCCCACACCUGAUCCACCAAAAAAAUCUGAACCACACCAUGCCAUGAGGCCUAAUGGACUUAGAGCUCUUGACCAUGAUCCAACCUCAGAUCUUAGCACUUUUGGUGCACACAAGUACUUCAACCAUGGGACCAACAAUGACAACAUCCAAAGAGUAACCAUCAACGGCAACAGCAGAGUUUCUCCCCUGCUCAACUUGGACACAGAACACAAACACAGUCCAGAACAAGGUGAUAUCACAAAGUCCACAAGGUCAUCAUUCUCGAAUUCAGCUUCAUCAUCAGUUGGUGGUAAUGGUAACUACAACAACAUGAUCAACAACUACAAAGCUCAUUCUUUCCAUGUUGCAACUCCAACUCCACCACCUUCCUCAUCCAAGUCCACUCUAAACAACAAAGCUGGUUUGUUAUUCCACCAUCCUCAAAAAAAUACAAUCUCAGUUAUAAACCCUCCUCAAACUUCUUCCAAUCUCACAAAGAAACUCAGAACUUCUUCCAAUCUCACAAAGAAACUCAGAACUUCUUUGUCAAAAUCCAUUUGGCUUUUGAGAAGAAAAUGCCCUUGCAGUGAUAAAAAGUCAGUGCAAGUCAAAGGAAACACAAAAAACUACUCCCCGAAACCCAAAACCUCACCCUCACAAACUCAAACCCUCACACACAACCAAAUCUACAAAGAUUCCUUAAAUCACAAGGCAGCAGCACCACCAUCAUCAUCCAACAAGGAAUUGAAAUCUCAAAGUUUGUUCCACCAUCAUCAUCCACCUGCCAUGAACCAAGCCAGAAGGCCACCAAGUGAAGGAGGAUUCGCUUUCCCUUUGGUCAUGGCAACAAACUCCACCAAACCCACAAAUCCUCACCAGGUUCUUCUGAACGUUGUUCAUGAAGAAGAGGACACAACUCCACGAGAGUCCUUGCACGUGUUCCAACCUCCAAGCCCCUCCAAGUCACGUGCCAUGGAUGAUGAUGCGGCUAGUGAUGCAAGUUCUGAUCUUUUUGAAAUUGAGAGCUUCUCCACUCAAACUACUACACUCCCAUACCCCAUUACUACACCCUCUAUUGCACUGUGCCAUGAAACCACCGAUCAUGAGUUCUUCUUUACCGCUGACGCCGGCUGCAGCUUGUGGCGGCGGCGGCGGCUCAGGGAUACUGAGGUGCUGCCACCACUUUAA